AAUUAUUCAUACGCGAUUCCGCGUUUACAGUCACAUUUACAGCUCUGUCUUGUGUGCUGAUCACUUGCCUACGACCAUGUCCAAAGUGGAAAAGGAUCCGUGUAGAGCAGAUGUUGGUUCAGAAAGCAAAACGGCAACCGACCAUGGAGUGGAUGCCCUUACUGGCAGUGACUUCACUCUGGGGGAGUACAAGAUGAACCACAAGAGUCGCGGCAUGGCACUCAUCUUCAACCAGGAGACCUUUCUUGGUCGUCCAAAGAAGACUCGUUCUGGGACCAACAUUGACCGCGACAAUCUGGAGAAAAGAUUUAAAGAGUUAAACUUUGAUGUCACAGUCCAUCAGGAUCUGUGGAGGGUUGACAUUCUGGCCAAGAUUAAAGAAGCGGCGCUGGAUGACCACAACGUGAACGCGGACUGCUUCGUGUGUGUCUUCCUGAGUCAUGGUGAGAAAGACAAGGUGUGUGCGCACGAUGAAGACAUCAGCAUCGACGAAGUUACCGCCUUGUUCAAAGGAGACAAGUGCAGAAACCUCGUCGGGAAGCCUAAGAUCUUUAUACUACAGGCCUGCCGUGGGCGUGAGUACGACCUCCCUGUGACUGGCAUGGCCGGGGACAGUGACGAUGAGGAGGACCAGGUGGUGGCGGACGCUGGUGUAUUCCACACACUGCCUGCUGGUGCUGACUUCCUCAUGUGCUACUGUGUGGCCAAAGGAUAUUUUUCCUUUAGGGAUCCCAAGAAAGGCUCCUGGUACAUCCAGGACCUCUGCGAGACCCUGAAGGGGUGCGGAGAUUCCCGGGAGUUCACAGAGCUGCUGACCCUGGUGAACAGUAAGAUGGCCAAGCGUUUCGUUGAGAAAUGCAGCAACAAAGAGGCCGAAGGAAAGAAGCAGAUUCCCUGCUUUGCUUCCAUGCUCACCAAGAAGCUCUACUUCCGACCAAAAAAGUAGUAUCAGAUCGAUAAUCUCAAAGUGGUUUCUGUGAUUGUAUAGCCCGGCUUUUGAUAAUAUUCACAGAUGAUUUAUUUUUUGAAAGGGUUGUAGGUGAAUGGGAUUUUAUAUCCUGCCUGAAUCAUUCCAAUCAUUUGGAACUGAUGUGUUGGCUAAAUGGACAAUGUACCAUCAUAUAGAAGUCAUAAAGCUUCAUAGCGAGUAAUUAACAAUCAUGAUGCAUAAUUCAUUUUGGAUAUAAAUAUAUUGAUUUCCUAAAGGUUCAAAAAAAUAUAUGAAGGAGAAUGAAACAAAAAUAAAGUAAAUCACUAAAAGAUAUCAUAGUCCUUACAAAUGUUUUUUGUUUACUUAUUUUAUCUCAUCCCAAUUUUUUUUUUAUAUUGGGGGUUCUAUCAGUACACAGCUUCAAGUUUUAUAAUAAUGUUUAUCAAUGGUGUAUAAAAACAACUCAGGAUCCAUGUUUACCAUCUACUAGCACGAUGUACCUGUAUAAAUGCAUGGUUCCUGUCUUUUAAAUAAAACCUUAUGUUCG